AUGGCCCAAAACAACCAAAUCUACCAAGACCUAAUGCGCAACAACAGCGAAGGCCGCUUCCUCUUCAACCCAGCGCCCUUCCGAAAGCUCCGUCCCGGCUCCCUCGGCUACUUCGACCACACCGGCACCUUCAUCGAAAUCACCAACAUCCUCGAACCAGGCCGUCCGCAGCGCGACGGCUUCAGCGCCUUCCGCUCGCCCCUCGCCACGGAGCCGCCCCGCGCCCGGGACUGGAAAGCCAAGCACUCGGCUAGCGUGCAGAGCCAGCAUGCGCGAGUCACGGGGGGCCUGUCUGCGGCAGGAGCAGGGGCGCCGAUCGAUGCGUCUGCGGAGGUGAAGAACAAGCGGGAGGCGAGCGGGCAGGCGGCGCUGAUUACGCCGUGCGAGCUGGUGGAGGAAAGGAUUGAUGGGCCGUUCACGACGGUGGUGAAGGAGUGGGUGUUGGGGAAUGGGAAGACGCUGAUGGGGUCUGUGCAUCGCGAGAAGAUCAAGACGCAGGGACUGUGGAUUGUGGGGGUCACGUAUGUGACGGCGGAGUGUGCGAUGAAGUUGACUGCUGGGUCGAGUCGCGAGAUUGAUGUUGGUCUGGAUCUUGCGGUCACCGGGAUCGGGAAGGCAGGGUUUGGGACGGGGUGGUCUGAGAAAUUGGAUAGUGAGAAUUGGGAGGUUCAUCGGGCGACCGAGGAAGAUCAAGGGUUGGUUGUUGCGUUCGCCGGAGCGAAGUAUGAGGUUCGCAUGUUCUCGGGGUUGAAGAGCACGCCCCUCAAAGAAACAGACAUCACGCAGACCAUUGCGUUCCCGGAGCCACGCGUCAUUCGGGACGAGAAUGGAAAUGUCACGGAUGUUCAGCUCGUGGAUGCGCAGGACAUCCCGAGCGAAGAAAGUGAGUUCGAAUGCGAGUGUGACAUGGCUGGGCUGAGCGAGGAUCAGAUUGCAGCGGAGAAGGCGUAUGCAAAGCAGCAGGAAGACCGCAAGAACGUGUUGAAAUGGGAGUUGAUUGAGAUCGCCAAGAUGGAGAAUGGCGAGGAGAAAAGAGCGGUUCUGAACCGGCUGUUGGGGUAUGACGAUGCGCAGUAUUGGCUGACGAUGUUUGAAUAG